ACGUUUCGACCACAGUAUUGGCCCCUCAUCAGGCUACAAUAGAUAAAUCACAAGACUAAAGUUAUAUAAAAAUUGUGACAGAUUCAAAAAACAAUGUUGAAUAAACUAACAUUAAAUUUAUAUUCUACGCGGAUAUAAAUUUAAUUAAUUUUACAUAAGGUUUCGACGAACUUUCUGCCAAGUAUUCCUCGGGAUCAAGCUUUUGGAGCAGAAUUUCGGGACGAAAAACUCUUCGUGAAUCUUCCGAGGAAUCAUGCGAGGCAACAUGGCGAGCCCCAAGCAAUCCGCGAACACGAGAAGCAACGAAGGACACAGGAGGGUCUGUCAAGAACACGCCGAAGAGGACUGUCCGAGCGAGAACGAGCGCGAGUUCGAGUCGCUGGAAUACGAGGAGGACGUUUAUUACUCGAAGCUGACGACGACGCCGAGCUUCGACGACAUCGACGAGCUCGAUGACGAUGAGGUGGACGAACUGGUGAUCCACUGCUGGCGCGAUUCGAACGGCGAGAUCGACGAGAUUGUCGUCGACGACGGCAACCUGGAGGCGGAACUUCCGCCGGAAGCGGGCUCGCACGACGGAAGAGCCAAGAAGAAGAAGAGGAGAUCGAUCCGCGUGAUCUUCCAGGACCUCUCGAAGCCCUACCUCGCCAAGAUUAGCAACAGUCAGAACUACAAGAGGUUCCUGGAGCUGGUAAAAGGAGAAGACGCCUCGCUUCACUCGGCUGGAUCUCUAUCGCCCUCGGAUAGUGUAACAAACGAGCUUCAAGGACUCACCUUGGAGGAGCAAGAAGAACGUAAAGCUGAAUGGAGCGCUCAAUUAGCUAAAGUCGAAGAGGAAAUACAGACUUUGAGACACGUCCUCGCUAACAAGAUCAAGGUUUCGCAGGAUCUGAAGAGGAAGCUGGGUAUCAGCGUUUGGAAAGAGCUCACCGACGAUGUUAAUCAGGGUCUCAAAAAUGUCAAGGAAAGCCACGUUUAUCAGAAUGUCGGCGAGACACUCGGUCGUAUAACCAGGACAGUCUCCGGGAACAAUUUGUAAGUACAUAAUCAUCUCAUUUU